GCCAGGUGUUUUCAUCAUAUUCCGUCUCCAUCCAAAACAGGAGGAGUAGCGGUACCGGGCGUCAGAGCGAGCGAGGGAAUUUCGGUAGCGAGCGUUGAAAUAAUAAAUAAAUAAAUAAAUAGAAAUCGGUGGCUAAAUAGCGGUGGCGGUGGUGGUUUCGGUCUGCAGCAGGUUUUUCGAGGUCUAUGAUUCUCUGCAUUGCGAGUGCACCAUGCGUUUCUCCCCCAGAGCGCCCUGGGACUGAGUGGAUACAAGUCGCCUGGAUACAGGAAUAUGUGCCAUCAUACGCCGCUUGAUGAACCCGCUCUCGUGGCACAGUAACAUUUAUUUUUGUUCAGUUAUUGUGUGUCGACGCGUACCUGGGUAAAGAAAAAGGAAAACGGAGCAGUGCGCACGGAGACAUCGGGACUGGAAUGCCAACAAGAUCAUACUGCAGCUUCAGGAUCUUGAUGUGAAAUUCUACCACUGGAUUCAUCCCCUGACCAUUUCAUUGGACUGAAAGACAUAACCACAGCUGAGUCUGGUUGAUGACUGCAAAGCCCCCUCUCCCAAAGACACCUGUUCCUCCCCAGCAUGGCUAGACGGAGUUUAGACUGUUUUCUUCUAGGCCAUGUUCUCCUUGGCCUGAUCUUGGCAUCUAUAGGACUAUCCUUUGUCCAAAGCAAUGAGUGCCCCCAGCUAUGCGUGUGCGAGAUCCGGCCUUGGUUUACUCCUCAGUCCACCUACAGAGAAGCCAUCACUGUGGACUGCAAUGACCUCCGUUUAACACGCAUCCCAGGCAACCUCUCCAGUGACACUCAGGUUCUCCUCCUACAGAGCAACUACAUUGCCAAGACCAAUGAGGAGCUGGAUCAGCUCUUCAACUUGACUGAGCUGGACUUGUCCCAGAACAACUUCAGUAGCAUUCGUGAUGUUGGUCUUAACAAUAUGUCGCAGCUCACCACUCUUCAUCUGGAGGAAAACCAGGUAACAGAAAUGCCCGAUUACUGUCUGCAGGAUCUCAGUAACCUGCAGGAGCUCUACAUCAACCACAAUCAGAUCAACGCCAUUUCUGCCAAUGCCUUUUCUGGGCUCCACAACCUGCUCAGGCUUCACCUCAACUCCAACAAGCUUAAAGCCAUCAACAGCCAGUGGUUUGAAUCAACACCCAAUCUAGAGAUCUUGAUGAUUGGUGAAAAUCCUGUUGUUGGAAUAAUAGACUUUAAUUUCAAACCCUUGGGCAACCUGAGAAGCCUGGUUUUGGCAGGAAUGGAUUUGACAGAUGUCCCAGGAAAUGCCUUUGUGGGACUUGAUAAUCUUGAAAGCCUCUCUUUCUAUGACAAUAAAUUGGUCCACGUUCCUCAGAGAGCGCUGCAAAAGCUACCUAACCUCAAGUUCUUAGAUUUGAAUAAAAAUCCAGUGCAUAAGAUAGAAGAAGGAGAUUUUAAGAAUAUGUUGAGGCUGAAGGAGCUGGGUAUAAACAACAUGGGAGAGUUGGUUUCCAUUGAGCAUUAUGCUUUGGACAACCUCCCUGAGCUCACUAAGUUAGAAGCUACAAACAACCCCAAGUUCUCUUACAUCAACCGUCAAGCCUUUCGUGAUGUUCCUGCCUUGGAGAGUCUAAUGCUUAACAACAAUGCCUUGAAUGCCCUCUAUCAGUCUACAGUGGAUUCUCUCCCCAACCUACGGGAGAUCAGCAUUCAUAGCAACCCUCUUCGCUGUGACUGCGUCAUCCAGUGGAUGGGCUCCAACAAGACUAUCGUUCGCUUUAUGGAACCUCUGUCUAUGCUGUGUGCCAUGCCAACAGAGGUCAGAGGUAUGCAUGUGAGGGAGAUGCUACAGACGAACUUAGCAAACCAGUGCUUGCCCAUGAUUUCGCAUGACACCUUCCCCAGCCACCUCAAUUUGGACAUUGGCAUGACCGUGGACUUGGACUGCAGAGCCAUGUCCCAGCCUGACCCUGAAAUUUACUGGGUGACACCUAUGGGGAACAAGGUGAUGACGGACACCCUGUCUGACAAGUACAGCCUCAACAACGAAGGGACAUUGAGAAUUUCUUAUGUCCAAGUAGAAGACUCGGGCAGAUACACGUGUGUCGCUCAAAACUCAGAGGGGGCAGACACGAGAGUCAUAGCUAUACGGGUAAAUGGCACACUUUUAGACAACACCCAGCUCAUGAAGAUCUAUGUCAAACAGACAGAAUCCCACUCAAUCCUGGUCUCCUGGAAGAUAAAUUCCAACGUAAUGACCUCCAACCUCAAGUGGUCAUCCGCCACCAUGAAAAUUGACAACCCACAUAUUACUUACACUGCCAGAGUACCUGUGGAUGUCCAUGAGUACAACCUCACCCAUUUACAACCAGCAACUGAGUACGAAGUGUGCCUCACCGUCUCCAACGUUCACCAACAAAUGCAGAAGUCGUGCGUGAAUGUGACAACAAAGGAAGCAACCUUUGCUGUGGAAGUGUCUGACCAAGGGACCAACACUGCUCUUGCAGCGGUCAUGGGAUCAAUGUUCGCCCUUGUCAGUCUGGCCUCUUUGGGUGUGUACAUUGCUAAGAGGUGGAAAAGAAAAAACUAUCACCAUUCCUUGAAAAAAUACAUGCAGAAAACCUCAUCAAUACCACUGAACGAGUUGUACCCACCUCUGAUCAACUUGUGGGAGGCAGACAGUGAGAAGGAAAAGGAGGGCUCUUCUGAGACCAAACCUAGCCAAGUGGACACCACACGCAGCUAUUACAUGUGGUGAAACCUACUAACUCUACAGUCAGAGACACAGAGACAUGUUUUUUUUAGGAGCACAAAUAUACAUAUUUGCUUCUUUGUGUAAAAGUGAACAUUUUUCUCUUUGUUCCCUUUUUUCGGUGGUUCUCGCAGACUUGCUCUUUGAAGCGAUCAAUGAACCGACACUUUCAGAAUUUUUUGUUUUUUCACAGUCUUUUUACUUUUUUGCUCAUUUACACACGCAUAAUAUGGCAGCUUUAUUUAGCCUCCUGGACUCAGCAGUCACUGUGCUUUAUUUUUAGUACCUGUUUUAAUGAACACAGCAUGAGCAUUGUCACAGAUUCAGUAUGUGUGAGAAGAGAAGGCACUGAAAUCUGACCUGUUUUUGACCCGUUUUCUCUGGCAGAACUUUUAGACACUGCAAUCUUUCUUUCUCUUGUAAAACAGUUUCACUGUUGACUGUUGUGCACUGAAAUAUAUACAGUAUAUAUAUAUAUAUAUAGAUAUAUAUAUACGAAUUUGUCUAUCAACUGAAAUAUAAGCUGACAAAGUACGUUUAGACUUGAUAUACCGUCUAUUGAAUAAUGUUAGCAAUUCUUCUGUAAUGUUGUAUCAGCUAUGACUUAUUUUUUGUACAUUGAAUAAAAGUAUGUUUGAUUUAGACUUUUAUGUUUGCAGAGCAACUACUGUAAACCAGCAAUAGAAAUAUGAAUGUUAUCAACUACGUAGAUGUAAGGCUUUUUACAUUUCUUAAAGUUUUUUUUCUUAUUUUGCUAGAAUAUGUCUACAGUCACUCAUUUUGUUGUGGUUUCCGCACACAAACAUGUUGUUAUUGAGAAGUUCAAUAAAAUCUUUUUUCCUCA